CGGCAAUUAGUGUCUUUCAAGACCGUGAUGGCUGUUCCUCUUGGAUGUGAAUAUGGAGGCCACAGGGACAGAUGAAGUAGAGAAAAUAAAAUCAAAAUUUAUGUCUGCAUGGCACAAUAUGAAAUACAGCUGGGUGUUGAAAACAAAAACUUACUUUAGCAGAAAUUCUCCUGUCUUUUUGCUGGGAAAAUGUUACCACUUCAAGACUGAUGAGCCAAGUGAACUAUCUCCAAAUGGAUCAAGUUAUGAUAUUAAUGAUGAAGUAAUAUCUAGAAAUGUUGAGGAGUUCCGCAAAGACUUUAUUUCUAGAAUAUGGCUGACAUACAGAGAAGAAUUUCCUCAGAUCAAGGGCUCAGCGCUAACAACAGACUGUGGCUGGGGUUGUACCCUCAGGACUGGCCAGAUGCUUCUAGCACAAGGACUUAUUAUUCACUUUCUUGGCAGAGACUGGACCUGGCCAGAUGCAUUGGCCAUUGAAAACUUAGAUUCUGAAUCAUGGACCAGCAAUACAGUAAAAAAGCUUACUUCAUCACUUGAAGCAUCAUUUACAAGGGAGAGAGAAUGCAAGAACCAGUCAAUACCUCACAAAAAAGUUCCAAAAGAGGUUUGGGGGCACAGAGAAAUGACAGAUGAACACUGCCACCGAAAAAUAAUCUCUUGGUUUGGUGAUUUCGCACUUGCAAAUUUUGGCUUGCAUCGGCUGAUAGAAUAUGGAAACAAAUCUGGAAAAACAGCAGGAGAUUGGUACGGGCCAGCUGUUGUAGCUCAUCUUUUAAGAAAAGCUGUUGAAGACUCAAGAGACCCUGAGUUACAAGGAAUUACAGUGUAUGUUGCUCAAGACUGCACAGUUUACAAGUCUGAUGUUAUUGAGAAACAGUGCUGUUUUGUGGAUCCUCAAAAAACGGAUACCAAAGCUGUAAUUAUAUUAAUUCCUGUGAGACUUGGUGGCGAAAGAACCAACAUGGAAUAUCUAGAGUUUGUGAAGGGAAUUUUGAGUCUUGAGUACUGCAUCGGUAUUAUUGGCGGCAAACCUAAGCAGUCAUACUACUUUGCCGGAUUUCAAGAUGACAGUUUGAUUUACAUGGAUCCUCAUUACUGCCAGUCUUUUGUAGAUGUCAGCGUAAAGGAUUUCCCCCUUGAGUCAUUUCACUGUCCUUCGCCCAAAAAGAUGUCUUUUAAGAAAAUGGAUCCUAGCUGCACAAUAGGGUUAUAUUGUCAAAAUGUGCAAGACUUUGAGAGGGCUUCUGAAGAAAUAACGAAGAUUCUGAAAUCCUCUUCUAAGGAGAAAUAUCCCUUGUUUACCUUUGUAAAUGGACAUUCUAGAGACUAUGAUUUCGUGAUGAGUCCAGUCCGGGAAGAGAGAACCUUUUUCUCUGAGGAGGAAAAUAAAAAACUGAAACGUUUUAGUGCUGAAGAUUUUGUCUUGCUGUGAGAACAUUUUACACUAGAGUAUUGGCAGCUUUCCAGGAGAACAUUGACCCUUUGGACAAACAUGGACAAACAGCACUGAACAUGGUAUAUAUAUUUUUUUGAAGUUUUAAAGUUUGUUAUGUAGCUGUAGUCUUGAAGAG